AGGCGGGUCCCCGCCGCUGCCGCCGUGUCCGCGCCCACGGGCGCCGCGGGACAGGAGCCAGUCGCCGCCGCUGCACCCGGGUAUCAGACCAGGGUUUGUUCUGCGCUGCCGGAGCUGUCCUCCCUGCCUGCCGGGAAAAAUGUCAGACGGUUUCUCUUUAAACGACGCCUUGGCCACCAACAACAACCCGACCCCCUCUGCACCCCCACCCCAGGGCUGGCCCUCCUGGGGGAACCAGCCACCAGCUCCUGGGACAUUCCCGGCAUACCCCGGCCCUCCAGGGUCCUAUCCUGGUGCACCAGCAGCAUAUCCCGGAGCACCAGGGGCAUAUCCCGGAGCACCAGGACAGGGACCAUAUCCCGGAGCACCUGGAGCAUUCCCUGGAGCACCAGCAGGACCAGGGUCGUAUCCUGCCCCAGGACAACCAUCCAGUGGCCCUGGAUUUGGGCCCCCUCCUCCGCAGGGGGGACCAGCUCCUCCAAUGAAAGUCCCCUUCGACCUGCCCCUGCAGGCAGGACUCAUGCCUCGGAUGCUCAUAACCAUCAUGGGAACAGUCAACCCCAACCCAAACAGGUUUUCACUGGAUUUCAAGAAGGGGAAUGACAUUGCCUUCCACUUCAAUCCGCGCUUCAAUGAAGACAACAAAAAAGUCAUCGUCUGCAAUUCGAUGUUCCAGAAUAACUGGGGAAAGGAGGAGAGGACAGCUCCCAGGUUUCCAUUUGAAGCUGGAAAACCCUUCCAGCUCCAGAUCCUCUGCGAGGUGGAUCACUUCAAGGUAGCGGUUGACGGUGCCCACUUGCUGCAGUACAACUUCCGUGAGAAGCAGCUGAAUGCAAUCAACAAACUCUGCAUCAACGGGGACAUCACCCUCACCAGUGUCAUGCCAACCAUGAUAUAAUUAGGGUGGUGGAAUUUUAGUGCAAACUUAGUGGUCUUAAUAUGGCUGUAACAGAAGUGCCUUCUUACACGAAUACUUCUAGGUAAUAAAACAUACUUUCAC